AUGGUCUUGGAAACAGUAUUAGUUUCAACGGCUCUGAAGACCGUGGGAAUCGUGGGUUCAGGGUUAUGGCUACUCCCGUUGAUGCUUGCUGGUAUAACGUAUCACAACUACAACCGUCUGGACCCGGAAUCUCCUCCGAUCGACGCCAAAAUGAUCCAAAGAGAGUACGACUUUAUCGUGGUUGGGGGAGGCUCUGCCGGAGCCGUGGUCGCCUCACGUCUCAGCGAAAUACCAUCAUGGUCCACUUUACUUUUAGAAGCAGGUCCCGAUGAGAACGAGAUAUCCGAUGUGCCAUCUCUUGCAGCCUAUCUGCAACUAUCCAAACUGGACUGGGCUUACAAGAUCGAGCCUACGGGAAGAGCCUGUCUCGGAAUGAAGAACGGCCGAUGCAACUGGCCGAGAGGAAAAGUUCUUGGUGGUUCGAGCGUACUAAAUUAUAUGUUGUAUGUUAGAGGUAACAGGAAGGAUUACGACCUUUGGGAGUCUUUAGGAAAUCCCGGAUGGAAUUACGAAGAAGUUUUGAAGUACUUCAAGAAAUCUGAAGAUAAUCGUAACCCGUAUUUGGCGAAAACCGAUUAUCACUCAAGCGGUGGUUACUUGACGGUUCAAGAGUCACCGUGGAGGACGCCGUUGGUGUUGGCCUUCGUUGAAGCUGGUCAGGAAAUGGGUUAUGAUAAUAGAGAUAUCAAUGGGGAGAGACAGGAUGGGUUCAUGGUAGCUCAAGGUACUAUAAGAAGAGGAACAAGAUGUUCAACGGCUAAAGCAUUCUUGAGGCCGGUUAAGUUAAGGAAAAACUUACAAACUGCUUUAAACGCGCACGUCACUAGAUUAUUGAUCAACCCGACUACCAUGAGAGUUUACGGCGUGGAAUUUGUAAGGCACGGAAGAAAGCAAAUCGUUUUGGCGAGAAAAGAAGUUAUUCUAUCGGCGGGAGCAAUAAACUCGCCGCAAAUCAUGAUGUUGAGCGGUUUGGGACCUAGAGAGCAUUUACAAAAGUUGGGAAUUCCUGUGCUCCGAAAUCUAGCAGUUGGUGAUAAUUUGCAAGAUCACGUCGGCAUGGGUGGUUUGACGUUUCUGGUGGAUAAACCCAUCUCCAUCGUGCAAAACCGAUUCCAAGCCUUCCCUAUGACCAUGCAGUAUAUAACUAAGGGCAAAGGUCCGAUGACCACUCUUGGAGGAGUCGAGGGUUUAGCUUUUGUUAACACCAUCUACGGGAACAGGUCGUGGCCCGACAUCCAAUUCCACAUGGCGCCUGCCAGCAUCAACUCCGAUGGAGGUCUUAAAGUCCGGAAAGUCUUGGGCUUAACAGAUUUACUAUACAAUACAGUAUACAAGCCCAUAGCUAACAAAGAUUCAUGGACGAUGAUGCCUUUACUCCUCAGGCCUAAAUCUCGCGGAACAGUUCGUUUGAAGAGCAAAAGUCCGUUCCAUUAUCCCAUCAUAGACGCAAACUACUUCGCCCAUCGCGCUGACAUCGACACACUCGUCGAGGGAGCUAAAAUCGCUAUAAAGAUUAGCCAAUCUCCAGUCUUCAAGAAGUUCAAUUCGCGUCUUCACACAAUCCCAUUCCCGAAUUGCAGAGACCACAAGUUCGGAAGCGACGCUUACUGGGAAUGCCACAUUCGUACCAUUUCCAUGACGAUCUACCAUCCGGUGGGAACGUGUAAGAUGGGUCCGGAAUGGGAUAGUACCGCUGUAGUUGAUCCCCGUCUACGAGUUUACGGAGUGAAAGGUCUCAGGGUUAUAGAUACUUCGAUAAUGCCCACGAUUCCUAGCGGAAACACGAAUGCACCAGCGAUCAUGGUCGGCGAGAAGGGUGCGGAUCUGAUCAAGGAAGAUUGGUUAUCACCAAAGUCAUGAA